AUGAGGGUCACGGAACUCAUCCUCGACGGGUUCAAGUCGUACCCCGUGCGGACAAGCAUCGCGGGAUGGGACCCUAGCUUCAACGCCAUCACGGGACUGAACGGGUCCGGCAAAUCCAACAUUCUCGAUGCUAUCUGCUUCGUUCUCGGCAUCACCAACCUCACGACGGUCCGCGCCGCCAACCUCCUCGACUUGAUCUACAAGCGUGGUCAAGCCGGCGUCACCCGCGCUUCCGUCACCAUCGUCUUCGACAACUCGGACAAGACGCAGUCGCCUGUCGGGUUCGAGAACAUGCCGGAGAUCUCGGUCACUCGCCAAAUCUCGGUCAACGGCCAGAGCAAGUAUCUUAUCUGCGGUCAUCGCUCGACGCAGCAGGCCGUCCAGAACCUUUUCCAGAGCGUCCAGCUCAACAUCAACAACCCGAACUUCCUCAUCAUGCAGGGCAAGAUCACGAAGGUGCUCAACAUGCGACCGCUCGAGAUCCUGUCGAUGAUUGAGGAGGCAGCCGGGACGUCCAUGUUCGAGGAGAAGAAGGAUAAGGCGAUCAAGACGAUGUCGAAGAAGGAGAAGAAGCUCGACGAGAUCCAGUCGCUUCUCAAGGAGGAGAUUGUGCCCAAACUCGACCGGCUGCGGGAGGAGAAGCGCACUUUCCUCGAGUUUCAGAAGACGGCGAGCGAGCUCGAGCGGCUGAGCAAGCUCGUUAUCGCGUGGGACUGGACGCAGGAUCACCUCAGGGUCGAGAAGGCGAAGGAGGCGAUCAAGGAGGGCGAGGCGAGGAGGAAGGACGCGAGCGAGGCGAAGAAGCGGAUGGAGGGCGAGAUCAAGAAGAUGGAGCAGAGCAUGAAGGAGAUCGAGAAGGCGCGCGACAAGGAACUCGCCAAAGGCGGCAAGGUCCAGGGUCUCGAGAAGCAGCUGAACGCGCUCGACAUGGAGAUCGCCAAGCUCAAGACGCAGGCUGAGGGCAAGGGCCGCGAGAUCAAGGAGGAGGAGGCUCGGAUCAAGGAGCUCGAGAAGACGCAGAAAGACCUUACCGCACAGCGCAGGGCGCGCGAAUCGUCGUCGAAGGAGAACGCCGAAGCGUUCGCUGCCCGACAAGCCGAGCUCGAGGCAGCCAGCAAGUCGCUCACCCAGUCCGAAGAUCUCCUCCAGACAAUCGAAUACGGCAAAGGUCUCUCGAAGGACGCGAAAUCUUCCGGCUACGACGGUCAACUCGCCGCCGCGAAGGAGCUCGCAGGCCGUCUCGAGACCGAUGCCCAGCUCGCGAAGCAUCGUAUCGACUCGCUGCAGAAGGAGCUCAAGGAGAAGGAGCCGAAGGCGAAGAAGGCGGCGGCGGAGAGCAAGGGCCUCGUCGCGAAUGUCGAGAAUGCGCGGAAGGAGAAGGAGGCGCUCGAACAGCGACUGAAGGCGUCAGGCUACGAUGAGGCGGAGGAGGCGCGGCUUGAGGGCGAGCGGGAUCAGCGGGCACAGACGGUCGAGCAACUGCGACAGCGACGAGAGCUCAAGCGCCGCGAGAUCGUCCGCACCGACUUCCGCGCCGACGACCCGUACCCCGGCUUCGACCGGUCCUCCGUCUACGGCACGAUUGCCAGCCUCGUCGAGCUGCCCGAGGCGAACGCUGCUGCCGCGACUGCGCUCGAGUACGCCGCCGGCGGCGCGUUGUACAACGUUGCUGUCCGGGACGAUGCGACGGUCGCGGCGUUCGUCAAGGCGCGGACCAUCAAGACCCGGACAAACCUCUUGCCCGUCAAUUCGCUGCAAGUCUACGUUGCCGACAAGUCUCGCGUCGCGGCUGCUCGCAAGCACGGCGCCGAGCUCGCGCUCAACCUCAUCAAGUUUGACGAGCGAGCGCGACGAGCGAUGGAGUCGGUCUUCGGCAACGUCCUCAUCGCGUCGAACAAGACGAUCGCGAAGCGCUGCACCGACGACCCGGCUGUCCGCAUGCGCUGCGUGACGUACGAGGGCGACAUCUACGACACGACGCCGGAACUGCGCGGCGGCAACUCGACAAGCGAACGCGUCCUCAUCAAGGUGCAGGAGCUGCGCAAGAUCGAGCAGGAGUUGGGCAUGCACCGCAAGGCUCUCGAGGAGCUCGAGGUCAAGCUGCAGCAUUCGAAGGGUGCGGUUGACCUCAAGAAGGCGCUCGACCAGAAGGCGCAUGCGCUGUCACUCCUCGAGAAGUCGAUGCAGAACAGCAACGCGACGAGGGUUAUCGGCGAGGUCGACUCGCUCCGAGCAACGAUCGCCGAGCUGCAAGAAAAGAUCGAGGAGUCGAAGGCGAAGCAGAAGGACGCGCAGGCAGACGUCAAGCGCAUCGAGCGCGAGAUGUCCGAGCUGUCGAAGGACAAGGGAUCAAAGGUCAAGCAGAUCAAGGCGGACAUUGCGAAGCAGAAGACUCAGGUCGCCAAGCUCGAGGAGGCGGUCGAGUCGCUGCGAAGCGAGGUCCUGACCGACGAGCUGGAACUCGACCAAAUGAAGAAGGAGAUUGCGUCCGCUGGUGUUGAACUCGCUGAGGCGCGGAGCCAGAUCGACAAGAUACGCCAGUCGCUCGCUCAAGGGCAGGGCGUCAUCGAGGAGAAGCACGCGGAGCUUCAAGAGGUCCAGCGCAUCAUUGCCGAGGAGACGAAGAAGCUCAAGGGCUACAACGACGAGCUCGACUCGCUGAAGGAAGCGAUAAACGGCCGCAAGGGUGACAUCGUCGAGCUCGAGCUGCAGGUCACGCAGGUUGAGAAAGAGGUCGAGAAGGCGAAGAAGGAUGCGAAGGACGCGGCGGACAAGGUCGCGAAGCGGGAGAAGGAGUUUGACUGGAUUGCCGACGAGUGCCAAACCUUCGGCAAGCCCAACUCGCCCUACAACUUCAACGGGACCGACAUGCGCAACGUCAAGGAGAAGUGCCGGCAACUCGAGGAGACGCACCGGACGAUGAAGCGCAAGGUCAACCCGAAGGUCCUCAGCAUGAUCGACAGUGUCGAGAAGAAGGAGAAAGACUUGCUCGACAUGUACAAGCAGGUCAUGAAGGACAAGACCAAGAUCGAGGAGACGGUCGCCAAGCUCGAUGAGCACAAGCGCGACACGCUCGAGAAGACGUGGACGAAGGUGGACAGCGAGUUCGGCAACAUCUUCGCCGAGCUUCUGCCCGGCAACUUCUGCAAGCUUCAAGCACUCGAGGGCAAGGAGAUCACGCAGGGUCUCGAAGUCAAGGUCCGCCUCGGCUCGGUGUGGAAGGCGAGUUUGACGGAGCUGUCGGGCGGUCAGCGGUCUCUCAUCGCUCUCUCGCUCAUCAUGUCACUCCUCCGGUUCAAGCCCGCGCCCAUGUACAUCCUCGACGAGGUCGACGCAGCUCUGGACAUGUCGCACACCGAGAACAUCGGCCGUCUCUUCCGCACACGCUUCAAGGGCAGCCAGUUCAUCGUUGUCUCGCUCAAGGACGGCCUCUUCUCGAAUGCGAACGUGCUCUUCCGCGCGCGUUUCCGAGACGGCACCAGUGUCGUCGAGCGGACAAGCCAGCGUACGGCGUCCGGCCUCUACGACAAGGAGAACGCUGGACCUCGUGCUGGCGGGGCCGGCAAGGCGGGCAAGUCACGGGCUGGCGGUGCGGGCAGGGUUGAGGUCGCGGCAUAG